AUGCCUCCAUGUUUUUAUCUUUUGAAACAUACCGUCGCACUUUGGAAUGUAGGCUUUGAAGCGCUUAAAAAUGGAGAAACCGAGGUUGAUCUGCUCGUUCCCGUCGAGAGUGCUCUCAACAGUGAUCCGAGGGUGUUCCGAGCAAAAGGCAUUGAUAGCUUACCUGCCAUUGGAAUUCAGCGAGGUGUUGAAAUCGCCGUCCCAUAUCGGUUAUACUUGCCGCGGCGAUUUUUCCCGCAAUUUUCGGUGCUUGCAUCGGUAAAACCAAUGGAUCGACGUGGCGGGUACCUGUUCGCCGUUGUCAACCCGUACGAUACGAUGGUUGAUGUUGGCGUUCUGUUAGAGCCAGCUGGAUCUGGCCAAACAAACAUUUCGUUGAUCUAUUCAUCUCGACGUGACACGACAUCAAAAGCUAUCGCA